UUCUUCCUCUCAAGAAUGCCUCUAUGCAGUUAUUGUUUAUGUGUAGAGUUCAAAAUUAGGGGAAUAAAUAAUAGUUUCUUCAGGAAAGUUGUGUUCUAUGAAGUGAAGUCAUCAUUUUGUCACACAGAAAUACAAAUUGCUUUAUCAGUCUUUCAUGAAGGAAUGGAAGAAAAAAUGGCAGGACUGAAGAAGGUAUCGCACUGCUGGUGGUUUGAGAGCCAUAAUUCAGCUAAGCGCUCUUCAUGGCUACAAUCAACUCUUUCAGAACUGGAGAAGAAGACCAAAGCUAUACUGAACCUGAUUGAAGGAGAUGCCGACUCGUUCGCACAGCGCGCAGAGAUGUACUACAGGAAAAGGCCGGAGCUGGUGAAUUUGAUCGAAGAUUUCUACCGCUCCUACCGCUACGUUGCUGAGCAGCACGAACUCCUCAGAUCCGAAGCAGGAGCCCGACGCACGACGCCGUUGAAGUCUGAUUCCUCAAAUCAAAGCAUUUCUCAGAAGACGUGGGAUUCAACAGAGAUAGAUGAUUAUCCCGAAUCUGAGGUUUCUGAAAUCGACAAUCCUGAACCGGAAGAAGCCGAUCAAAUCGAUUGCAUGUUCGUAGCUGCUAACGAAGAAUUCGAAAUCAUUCGGAGGAAUCUAGAAGCAAAAUCGCCCGCACCGCCGCUCCUAAUCUCUCAAAUCCAAACUAAGAUCAACUCGCCGGAGGUCCCUGUAAAAAUUUACAGCUCGAAGAAGAUCAUCUCUUAUUCUUUUCACGAAUCAGAGCAUCAAGACGAAAUCAAGCUGAUGGAGGCAAUAUCUCCCUCGAAUUCCCUUUCCUCAAAGAAGCGGGACAAAGAAUCGGAUGACUGCAAGGCUGAUGAACUGGAAACCAAAGCGCUGUUCGAGAAGAUUGUUGACAGCGUGGCUAAGCUGACGAGUGAGGUUGAGAGUCUGAAGACGGAGAAGGAGACUCUGAUGGCUGAACUGGAGAGGAAAGAUGAGGAGAAGAGGGAUGUGAUCAGACAGCUCUCAUUGACGGUGGAGAUUCUGAAGGAAGAGAAUGGAGUGCUGAAGAAGUUGAUUAAGGAUUUGAAGCAAUUUGGCAGUGUUUUCGAGCUGAAGAAAUGGAAGGAGGCCUUCUCGGGGACGAGGAGAUUGUUUGGUCUGGCCUCCCGGUUUCAGCCUUCUCUCGUGGCGCUUUGAUGAUCCUGGAACUGGAAGUACACACGACUAUGGAAGAGUAAAUUAUUGCAUUCAGUAUGUUGAUUAAGCAGGCAGGACUCUAUAUAUAGUUUGGCAUCUUUGUACGCUAAUUGGUACUUUCUUUUAUUAUUAUUAUUAUUAUUAGUAUUAGAUGAUCUAACAUUCAUGCCACAUAAGCU